UUUCUUCUUUUCUGGAUAACUAGUGUUCAAAUUGUGAGUCAUCUUUGAAUCUUGAAACAAACUCAUUAUCUCCUCAUCACUACAGCCCCUGCAUUUCUUAUCUGUCUUUCUCCUAUUCCUAGUUGUUCAUAAAAUGGCUAGUGUUUCAGCUGCUUGUCUCAGAUUUGGGUGUUCACUCAAUCAGUCGUUCAAGACAUCACAGAUAAACGGAGGAAAUGCAGGUCUGAAGUUGGUUUCUGUAGGUUGGGCGAGGACUGCUGGUUUUCCUUCUCUCAGAACUUCCCGCUUCCGUGUUUCUUGUGCAAAGCCAGAGACAGUUGAGAAGGUAAUAAGCAUAGUGAGGAAGCAACUGGCUUUACCUGCAGACACUAAAGUUAUUGCUGAAUCUACGUUCAAUACGGACCUCGGCGCUGACUCUCUUGACACUGUGGAGAUUGUGAUGGCAUUGGAAGAGGAAUUUGGCAUUGCAGUAGAAGAAGAGAAUUCUGAGACUAUUGUAACAGUUCAAGAUGCUGCUGACUUGAUUGAAAAACUUGUUGAAAAGAAAGCAGCUUAAUUAGACAAAAUAGGAUGGAAAAAUUCGAGUCUUAGAGAGUGAGUUUAGCUCAAUUUUUAUUGGACUGAUUGUAAUUGAUAUUCUUGGAUUGCACACUUGCUAAGCAUUCUUUUUCCAACAUUUUGUUUUUGGAUAUCUGAAUAAUGACUUUUCUUUCAUA